AUGAGCGGAAUGGGAGGGAUAAGGAUGAGCUGGGUUCUAGGAGGAAUAUCAGCGGCAAUUAUUGGCUAUCAAAUAUAUAGUCCGAAUAGCUACUGAAAUUCAAAGCAUGCAGGUGAAAAGCUUAAAAGAGGCGUGAGCAACGAAGUAACAAAAGUGAUGCCUCGGACUGCAGCAAAAGUCGAUGAGAUAAAGCAAGAGGUCAAAAGUGAGAUGGAAAAGCAUAUGCCUAAAAGUUCUGACACAAAAUAA